UGGACGCGGCCUACGGCCCCGCGCGGCUGCUGGGGUUCUCGCUGCCCGCCGCCUGGAUCAUCUUCGCCUGCGCCAUGGGCUAUGGAGGCGUGUUCAACAGCAUCCUGUCGUGGUCGCCGUUGGUAGCGCUGGGCCGCCUCACCUUCUCCGUGUUUUUGGUGCACCUCACCAUCAUCAUCGUGUCUGUGGGCUCCAUGCGCCAGCCAGCCCACCUCAGCGACUUCAGCCUGGCUAGUGAAACCGUGGCCGACAUUGCCAUGUCCUACGCGGCCGGCCUGCUGCUGUACUUCUGCGUCGAGGCCCCUAUGUUGAACCUGCAGACCAUCGUCUUCGCCAGGUUGAGCAGUAAGCGGGUGUCCGCCGAGAGGGUCUUGCGAGAGGAGCCGGCGAGCGGGAAGGCCUCCGGGGCAGCCGGGGACGUCAACAAGGAGCACGAGGACGCGGACAACAGGACCUGGACCAUCACCACCGACGCGUGACCAAUUCGAGUACAAAAUUGGCUCCUCUGCACAGUAAAUGUCUUACGGUGAAAGGCUGCACCAACAUAUUAUGGUGGAGAUUUUCUCCAUAAUACCAACGAAAUUCAUCGAAAUAUCUAAAUUAUAGACCCAGAACGAAGUAAAUUUCUAACAGCCAUGGAGCUUUUCGUAACAUCCUACAUAUUGAAUGCUACAUCGUAGGGAAUGUUAUCUCCUCCAGCAGUUGUUCUUCGGAUGCCCCCUGGACGUAUAAAAAUCCAUUUCGUUCCCCUUCAAGCUGUC